AUGGAUCGCAAAGACCUUGACCCAAAAACGCUGAAGGUAAGCCAAUUAAGAAGAGUUUUGGUAGAAAAUGACGUUGCAUUUCCGGCCAACGCUAGAAAGCCUGUCUUGGUGAAAUUGUUUGAAGAAAAGGUGAGGCACCGUCUUCAAUCUUCAUCCGAGACCUCAAAUGUUAAAGGUAUCAUUCAGAGGACUGUGAAAUCUGAAGCAAAGAAUGCGGAUCGUAAGAAGACAUUGAAGAAUAAAAAGCUUGAAUCAAGUUCUGGUGCUAGUAAAACUGUCAAGGUUGAAAAUGUUGAAACCAACAAGAGAAAAAGGAAACAAAGUAGUACAGAGAAUGUAGCGACGAUUCAAAUGAAAGAAGAAAAAUCUCCUAAAAAGAAAAGAAAAAAAAGAUCUAGUAAGGCCAGUAAACCAUUAGAGUCUCCUCCAAAAUCUAAGUCAGAAGGGGAAGCAACUUCUGUUGCUUCUUCUUGUGAACUAGAUACUGGAGGAUACCGUAACAAGGAAGAUUUUUCAGAUGAAAAGCUAAGAACUGGAGAGUUUACAAAACCAGAAUUGCCUAAUUUAAAAGUAUCAAACGAAUUCUUAGCUCAACUGAAUAAAGAGUUGGCUAGUGCGGCCACCGAGAGCUAUGAUCAUUCUAUAAAGUCCAAGAAUUUAUCAUCUAUUAGAAUCGAAACAGAAGGACCCGUUGGUACUUCAAGUGAGGCAGAGACAAGAAAUAGAAGUGAGCUGAUAGAGAAUACUAAUGUCAAAGCUCAACCCGAGUCAAAGGAAGUAAAGGAAGAGCUGAUAAAAACAUUACAAACUUCUGAUGAUCAGGACGAACAAGGCUCGAAGAAGAUAUCGUCAAAGAUAAAUAAACCAAGUCCCAAAGGUCGCACCAGACACUUCAUUGCAAACAAAACUAAAAGAGGCAUAGAUAUUAUGAGACCAUUUCUUGCACAUGUCUUUAUUUGGCUAUGGAACGCUGCCCUUUUCCUUUCAAUCAUAUUGCCUAUCCUCUUUGGCCUUUGGUAUCGAGAACAGAGAAUUCGAAUAGGAUACUGCGGUCAUGAAAAACCCAUGAAACCUCUUGCAAUUCCAGCUUUUCCUCAGACUGAAAGGGUAGACUCAUUGUUACAAGCAUAUCGACCAAAUUGCCUCAAAUGUCCUGAGCACGGAAUAUGCUCUUCUUUUAUGAAUGUUGAGUGUGAACCGGGCUAUGAGCUUAGAAGCUCUAUUUUAGAAACAUAUGGUAUUAUUCCCUUUUCCAAAUAUUGUGUCAAAGAUGAAAGUAAAGAAAAAGAGGUUGAUGAGCUGGUUUGGAAAGUAAACGAAUAUCUAAGAAAGAAGAAUGCAAAAGUUGAAUGUGGCGAAGGAGAGAACCUUUUUGCUAGUGGUGAAACAGAAACCAAGUUAUAUGAUAUAUUCUCUCAGUCCAGACCUUCAUGGGAAAGCCAGAGGGAAUUCAAAGAGCACUGGGAAAAUGUGCUCGAAAUAUUAAAAAAUAAAGAUGAAAUCGUUUGGCUGCCUUUAGAUUUUGAAACAGACGAAAAAAGGAGGCAUUUUGAGCCAAAUAAAACUAACUAUGUUUAUCGUUCAACUUCCAAAAAAUGGGUUAGAUUGCAAUGCCAUUUGGAAGGGAAUAUUCAGGAGUACGUAAAGAAAUAUGGUGGUCCUAUAUUAAUCACCCUAGGUAUCCUUUUUUUUAUCAAAAAAAUACAAUCAACUCUUGACAAUUACGUUCAAGGAGAACAGAUAAUUGAAAAAUUGGUAAAGGAUGCAACUGAUAAACUAAAAGAUGUGAAGAAGAAUAAAGAUGAAGAACCUUUUUUAACGACAGUUCAAUUGAGAACUAUUCUACUGAGCGAUAUAUCAAACAUAAAAGAACAGAAUAAUUUGUGGACUCAAACGAAAGAGAAAAUCAUGAAAGAACAAUCUGACAAUAUAGAAUUAUAUCUUCUUGAAGAAAAUGGAGAGAUCAUGACAUGUUUGGAGUGGAAAGAGUGA